CGUUGUGUUCGUGUACGCGUUGUUUCCAACCGCGUGAAUUAGCUUGAGAACGGGCCAAUGAGCACGUGACUUCAAACUUCUGCUUUUCCGCGCUUCUUGCCCAUUGUCAACCACACACAGUCCAUGUCGCCAUGGCUGAAUUGAAUCCGUCCAUCGCCCAGUGCGCUGUUGUGGCCACGGCUUUGAAAGUCCUUCUUUUCCCCGCGUACAAGUCGACCGAUUUCGAGGUUCAUCGCAACUGGCUUGCCCUUACUCAUUCAUUGUCGAUAAAAGAAUGGUAUUAUGAAAAUACUUCAGAAUGGACUCUGGAUUAUCCCCCCUUCUUCGCUUAUUUCGAGUGGCUUAUGUCUCAAGCCGCCGCAUAUAUUGAGCCUGGAAUGCUCAAUGUCAAGGCCCUCGGCUAUGACAGUUGGCAGACCAUUUAUUUUCAGCGGACUACAGUGAUUCUCACUGAGCUAGUCUUGGUUUAUGCCUUGCACCUCUACGUGAAGACUUCCAAGACUAAAGUCACUGCACAUGCUGCCGCAUUGUCCAUUCUUCUCUCACCUGGGCUUCUCAUCAUCGAUCACAUCCAUUUCCAGUACAAUGGCUUCCUAUAUGGAAUCCUCAUCCUUUCUAUGGUUCUUGCUCGGAAUAAGUCAACAGUUCUCUUAUCCGGACUUCUCUUUGCUGCUCUGCUAUGCCUCAAGCAUAUCUACUUGUACCUUGCUCCCGCAUACUUCGUCUACCUCCUACGCGCGUACUGCUCAGGGCAACAAUCGUCAUUCCCGUAUUUUCGAGUUCGCUUCUUGAACUGCAUCAAACUAGGCGUAGGUAUCGUUGCAGUAUUCGCUAGCGCGUUUGGACCAUUUGCGCUAUGGGGCCAACUUGAACAAGUGUUCCGUCGCCUCUUUCCAUUUUCACGAGGGCUUUGUCAUGCUUAUUGGGCGCCGAAUAUCUGGGCGAUGUACUCAUUCGUAGAUCGCGUUCUCAUUCAAUUGGCUCCUCGUCUGGGAUUGGCCGUCGAUGUUGAAGCAAUGAAUAGUGUCACCAGAGGCUUGGUCGGGGAUACGUCAUUCGCCGUACUUCCUGAUAUAGCACCCCUGGUGUGCUUUCUUCUAACCUUGGGUGCUCAAAUCCCUGUGCUCCUCCGACUUCUCUACAAGCCCACUUGGCAUACGUUCGUUGGUGCUGUCACGUUGUGUGGCUAUGCCUCAUUCCUGUUUGGCUGGCACGUUCACGAGAAAGCGAUCCUUCUCGUCAUCAUACCGUUCAGCCUGAUCGCGCUCAUCGACCGCAGGUAUUUCGGCGCUUUCCGACCUUUGGCUGUUGCUGGUCAUGUGUCCCUCUUCCCCCUCCUGUUCACAGCAGGCGAAUUUCCUGUGAAGACAGUGUAUACUAUCUUCUGGCUUGUACUGUUUCUUCUGAUCUUUGACAGGCUUGCCCCCGCUUCGCCGCGGCCACGAAUCUUCCUACUUGAUCGCUUCUCUUUCCUCUAUAUCGCCCUCUCCAUUCCUUUGAUUGCGUACUGUUCAUUGUUUCAUGGCAUCUUCUUCGGAUCUCGCUAUGAAUUCCUUCCACUUAUGUUUACCAGCUCUUAUUCAGCCAUCGGAGUGGGCUUGGACGCCAAGCUGCUCGUAGGUACGCUCUCAUACAUUACUCUCCCCAUUGACAGCUCCCACCUCUCUCGACGCUCCCUCCGCCACUCAACUAUCGAUCGCACAACUCCCGCGCCCACAACACUCGCGACUUCAAAACAACUCGAGCUGACACGCUUUUUCGGAAUCAUAUACGCGUCUCGGAAUCGGACCGCGGAAGAGUGCGCCAACUUUACCCAGAAUCUCCUCCGGUUCCGUUCGGAGCUUCUGUUUGCCUUGACCGUUCACAAGAGGGGCGAACGCUUCGAGCUAUUACCAGGGCUAGCCUGCGGUAGACUCAGACUACGCGCUUCACGUCUCGCGACGCUUCCGAAAGUGCUCUACAAGCGCAAGCCUGUCAAGUUCGACCCUCACCCCAAGAACCUCGAUGAUGGUACUGAGGUCUAUCCAAUAGAGGAGACAGGAGAGGUCUAUACCGAAUACGAGAAGUUCCUCGACAGACGCGACUUUUAUGAUCAGGCAAGUGCAGUCCUGUUAACAAGAACUACGACUCUAACACCACUACAGAAAGUAUUCACGUGCGAGGCAACCGGACACACCAAAUACACCUUUUUCGAGGCUAGGGAGAGCGAGGUAGGCAUUACGUCAGUACGGGACAAGGACAAUCAGAGUGUAACAACAAUUCAGAUGGAAGCUGCAAAGGAGAUCAAUAGCAUCUUUCCUGACGGUCUGAGAUCUCUCGUGCUCCACUGGGUCCAGUUCCAAACUACAUCGCGUAUGGAUGACUUGGUCAACAAAACUUAUGAUCACUUCAAGGAACAUUUCAUGAUCAGGGACCGCGUCUCGAUCGAGAGUGAUAACAACACGCGUCGCUUCGGUAUGAUCACAGAAAUGACUAGCAACGAACAUCUGCAGACUAUGUUUGCCGGACAGUCGGAGGACGAGGCAUAUCGUUCGUUUACUUAUGUCAUUAAGAUGGACGACACCGGCGAGAACGUGACCAAGUACAAGGCUUCGGAGCUCCAGCGGGACAACAGAGUCUAUUCGAAGCUCAUACUUAAGCAAUUCCUCCGCAGUACUAUCUCACGGGAAUCAUGGAUCGGCGCACCCUGGAUGGCCAAAGAACAUUUGGUGAAACGCUACAGCAUCCCAACCACGAUCCCCGAGAACAAAACUCGAGAAGCCAUUAUGGCUCAGAAAAAAGCAUUGAAUGCUUCACACUCAAACGGCACGAGUCCACCAGUGCAGCAACCGUAUCUACAGAACCAACCCAAUGGUCAUGCGCCUAACGUCAACGGGCAUCGGCCGUCGUUACCAGUGCCGGGGCAGGGGCAGCCUACCUUUGUCAACUUCUCAGCAAACCCAUCGCAGCCUCAACGACACGCUACUGCAGGACCACCAAUGAUGCAUCCGCCACUCAUCGGGCCACCUCGAGGGUUUCAUGCGCCUCCGCAGCCAAUCCAUUAUGUUAACGGACAGCCAAUGCACCCACCUGGUUAUCUUGUGACUAAUUUCCCACCACAAUACGCUUAUGUGCAACAACAGCACGCGCCCCAUCCUAGCACAGGACCAACCAUGAACCAACACUACCAAACCAGCUUUCCGCAUAAUCAACGACCUCCGGCAGCACACGUUCCACAACCGCAGCAAGCACAACCAGUGACCAAGCCGUUCGAGCCAGUCAAGUAUCCCUGUGAGGAUUUGGAGAUCAGGAUACCAAAGACGGAGCCUGCACGACCGACGCUGAAGUUCUUAUGCGACGAUACGCCCAAGGGUGCCGAGCCGCUUCCCGAUGAUGAGAAGACCGGCAUCCUCAUGAAGAGUGUCGGGCCCCUGUUGUGCAUAUGGGAAACCCUCAACGUUCACGACACGGUCUACAUGCUCGAUUCGUUUACGUUCGACGAUUUCGUGGAUGCCAUGCUCUUCUCCUCUGAGGAGACGGAAUGUGAAUUAUUCGUCGAAGUUCACUGCUCCAUCUUGAAGCAGAUUGUCAGCAGUUCUGGGAAAUUCCAAGCGCCUCUUCCAAACAUGGAUGAUGCUGACGACUCGGACGAUGAGGAGUCGAGCACAGAGUCAACGCCAACGCCUGAGCCGGAACCGCCUGUUCGAAAAACCCGCAGCAGUUUGAGGAAGUCAGAGGUCCAGCAAAUCGUCAAGCCACGUACUCCUACUCCUGAACUGCCGAAACAAAUCCACAAAGCCGCAGAGUUCGUUGCGGAGUUCGACUGGGUUGAGCAGUGCAAGGACCGAAACUUCCGAGAAGGUGGAUGGCAGUCAAGUAUGGUUGGCCUUUUGUACCGUUUGUCUUUCGACCCAACACAGAAGUCAGCCUGCGACGAGAUUCUGGCUGAGCUUGUCCCGCCUGAUGAGGAACCUACUGUCGACAAUGUCGCGUCCAACUACGUUCAUCUCGACGUCAACCUUCGCAUUGCAGCGCUAGAGUCGGCGCUCAGGUUGACUGUCGCCACGGAAACCUUCCGCGAUCAGCUUGUUGCCGCUGCCCAAGAGUUAACCCGCCUGCGUAAAGAGAAAAUCGAGUUCCAGAGGAAGCGGAAAGAACUGGCCGACGAGCUUUUCAAGUUGGAUCUUGAGCGGAGGAUCCACCUUCCUGCCAACACCCCGGCGUCACCAACAGAUACAACUUUGAACGAAAGUAUGGACGUUUCGAUGACAAGUGUUACGGAGGAAACUAAAGAAAGCACCGAAGCGGGUGGCGAAGAUUCGGAUGCUGCCAACCGUCGACUUCGUCAUACAAACAAGAAUAAGCGCAAGGCCGCCGCCGACGAAGUCAGGAAGGAGAGAGCGAAGAAAGCGAAAGCCGACGCUGAGAAGACGAAGAAGCAAAAGGAGUGGGAGAAGCUUUUGGACUCCAUUGAGAAGAAAAAAGACGAGCUCAAGGAAUGCGAGGCUAGCAUCAACGAGCUCGACGACGAUCUCCGCGAAACACGUGUGCACCGCAGCACGGUGCUUGGAAAAGAUCGUUUCCUGAACAAGUACUACUGGUUUGAGCACAAUGGAAUGCCGUUUGGAGGUGUUCCGAACAGUUCCACGGCGGAAUACGGUUACGCCAAUGGACGUAUAUGGGUGCAAGGACCAGACGAACAUGAACUGCAGCCAAAUAUGGAGGAGCCGGCUUUGUCUCAAGACCUGCAUCGCCUUGGCUUCACUAUUCCUCAACGCAAGGAGAAAGAAGAAGGCGCAACGCAUCUCGCCAACGCUUCUGAAUGGGGAUAUUACGAUGAUCCUGAGGAGAUCAGUGCUCUCUUGGAAUGGUUGGAUGUACGAGGCCAUCGAGAGAGGUUACUCAUGAAGGAACUGCAAGCUUUCGGCGAGCGCAUCACUGAAUACAUGGGCAUCUUGAAAGGACAUAAAUCGAAGGCCGAGGAUCCAAAGGAAGACGACGAGGAUGAAGAUCUGCCCCGAGUGUCCACACGAAACAAGGCCCAUGCCGAGAAGGACGCGACCAAGGACCGCUGCUUGCAUUGGACCAACAGCAUCAUGCGGGAAGAGUAUGGUUACAACCAUAUCGAGGAAUACGAACCCCCGAAGAAGACGACGAAGACGAAGGCGACGAAAGCGAAGGCCAAGGGCAAGCGCUAGGUCCCGUUGACCUCUUACUUGUAAGCACGGGAUGUUUUGUUUGUUGUUUUGAUGCAUCAAACAUCAUCCCCUGUGCGGUCAAGGCACAUCAAAGAAAACAUAGCCUUGUACAAAUCUGUGUCUGUACCAUCUGGGCGUUACAAGCAAUGGCGCUACGGUCUACGAGGUGUGAUAAGCAUUAUGGGUCAUACAGCAUUUAUCUUGGAGUUGGGGGUGUUUUGGCGAUACUCAGUUAGAGGAUUCACGCGGUGUUUUCGAAUGGCUGGGUACAGCCAGAUUUCAGCAUUCUGUGCUCAGCAGUUUCUGGGCUCUGUGGGCAGGCGUUUUACUUUACUCCUGAGUCCUUCCCUGGUGAUAUUACAAGGGUGGUCGGAUUCUUUAGGCGUCACGGCCGUGUACAUUGGACUGUAGAAAGUACAAACGAUUCGAUUCGAUUAUUCUUCUACUUGGCUCAACCUGAAACUCGC